UGGUCAUUGCGUGUUUCCGAAAGUCUGGCCGGUCGAUGGGGAUACAUUGGAAACUAACCGAGCUGUGGUCCAGAAUACGCGAUUUUUGUGAUUUGGAGCAAUGUGAACGGUCGAUUCAAUUCCAGCUGAAAACUACAUGCGAUUCACUCUUGAAACAAUGCCAGGACGCGAUUUCGCUGGAGGAAUCACAACGAGCCUGUGAAGAGACCGUAGCCACAGCAGAAGCGCUGUUGAUUUUAUCCGACGAAAAGCUGUCGUCGUACGUUUAUAAAGAGGUCCCGACGCAUUGGAGACAGCUCUAUACGGACUCUAUCUUGCUCAAAGUCAGCUCGAUCUUUGCGUGUGAAACGAACAUCUCAACAAAUGGCCGAAAUCCCAUCGAUUGGAUGGAAAUGAUCAGGUUGUUAGAUAUGGCUUUGAUCAUUUCUGGCGCGCCCGGACGAGGAAGACGCACCGUCAUCUUCUUUCUACUCGACUCGAUUCAAGCAAAUUGCAUCAAACCAUCUAAGGAAGCUCAAGACUCGGGUGAACGGCCCGAAAAAAGACGGAGAAAAACCUUGGAAGAUCGUCCACCGGGAGGAUCGAAUCCGGUCUCGAUCCCGCUUGUGAUGAACGCCAUCCCCGUGUUUACCGCGGCUCCAACUGUUGAAGAGUUCCAGAAAUCCAGCCACAGGUCACCAUUCGUGAUCAAAGGAUACUGCAAAGAUUGGAAGGCAUUGUCGACAAACCCUUGGAAAAGUAUCGACUACUUGAAAGCUGUCGCUGGUCCUGGUAGAGUAGUUCCAGUCGAAGUAGGAAAGACAUAUGCCGAGGAAGAUUGGAGCCAGACCAUCAUGGGAUGGGAAGAUUUCUUGAACAAAAUGCACGAGUGUAAUCCGGAUAAACUGGUCUACCUCGCUCAAUAUAAUCUGUUCAAUCAGUUCCCCAAGUUGAAAGACGACAUCCAACUUCCUGAAUACGUCUACUGUGAUCUUCCACCGGACGAUCGGCCGAAACCCGAUGUAGAGGAUGGGGUGAUUUUGAAUGUUUGGUUGGGUCCAGCUGGAACGGUCAGCCCGGCGCAUGUUGAUCCUUACUACAACUGCUAUGCUCAAGUGGUCGGCCGCAAGUACGUGUGGGUAGCAGCUCCAAAAUUUUCGACUGAGAUGUACCCCUUUGGUACUCCUACGAGCGACCAAGAAUCUGGUCGCCCAGAGGAAGUAAUUCAAGAUAGAAACACCCUGCAAGCAAACUAUAUGACCAACACUUCUCAAGUUGAUGUGUUCGGCUCGGUUGACCAGGAUCGGCUCGCAGAGUUCCGGGGCCGGUUUCCACAGUUCGUCGACAAGGUCAUGCCCGAGGCCCUCCAAAUAGUCCUCGAGGAAGGUGAUAUGCUGGUCAUGCCACCCGGAUGGUGGCAUAGCAUGAAAAGUCUGAAACCGUCCAUCAACCUCUCGAUGUGGUUUUAAUCGGUUCAAAGUGACCAUGAAUGUUUUAAUUCCGGGGUUAAUUGUAACAAUCCAAGAGAUAUUCAUCCCCCCUCAAGUUCAGCUUUGAACCCUUUUUUCCGGACCAGGAGUGCCAAGGCAUCUUAUCCCAAACUCCAUUGUUAUAACAGCAUACGAGUGGCUUACAAUCACCUUAGUAGUUUUCUUCCUGUGAUGAUAUACCCGAGCAGCACCCUUAUCAAUUCCAAAGAACCCAAGUAGCUUAUUUUUCUCCCUGCAUAGUUUUCCACUAGAACCCUACCAUUUUAGUCCGGCUUUCCUUUUGCUAGUAGGUCCCCUAUACUAGGAUCACUUCAACCUGUUCAUCUGAAAGAAUACCCUUGUUAUGUAUAAGUUUGAAACAUUUGACCAAUCAGUCCUCGCGCUGAUUUUUGUGCGCCUGGCUCUG